GUCUUUAACCGGCGCUUUAACUAGCCACCAUGGAAAUUCUAUCCUCGCCUCCAAACGCCGACAGCUUCGUAUCCAUUGAUACCUACCAAUCGCGCACCCCAGAAUCCUUCCACGACCGCACAAUUCUCUACUACAAUGCCUCGCAGUGCAGUCUACAUGCGUUGAAGCGCGACCUCACCUCAACAACUGAACUGAAAUCCCUGUGGCCUUCUGGGGAAGUCAACGGGUCAGCUCCUGGAAUGCACGAAAGCAAUGGCGAGGGUGAUGCUGAAGACGAAUCUGAGGAGGCAGUCGUGAUUGAAGGGCUGGAGAUUUGGGUUACUUCGGACAAAUUCUUUGUCUACAACACCAGUAUCUCAAAGGGCCUCUCAAUCCCCUACCGCUCCAUUUCGCUGCACGCAAUUCAACGCCUCAAAGUCCCCACUUCAUCACAAUCCGAACCGCAGGAUCCUCCUGUUGAAGUCGAAGUCCAGGGGCUGUACAUGCACAUCGCGAAACCCGCCUCGGGAUCAUCCUUCCCGCAAGAAUCAGACGAGGAGGAGAGUCUCACUGUGACGAUCGUCCCGCCAACACCGGCAAUCACGCCAGAAGGGGAAGAGACCGAGACUCAGAAGCUUUACAAUGCUGUCUCAGCAUGCGCAAACCUUCAUCCGGAUCCUGUCGAAGAAGAAGAUCAGGAUAGCGGUGCGUUUGCUUCGGGGCUUGUCUUUCCUGGUGCAGGCCAGGAGGGAGGGUUACCUCCUCCUGUGGAUGGGAGCUCUGGGUGGAUUACGGCGGAUAAUAUGCAUGAGUUCUUUGACGAAGAAGGAAAUUGGAUUGGAGAGGGAGAAGGGCCGAGUUUUCCGGGUAUGGGGAGUGGGCUAGGUCCCGGGGCGGGGAGUGUGAGGACGAGAGAGGAAGAGAGGGAUGAGCAUGAUGGUGCUGAUGGGGAUGCUGGUGUGGAUGGGGAAGAGACGAAGUGGAGGCGGACAGAUUGA